UCUCAGUGUAAUGUCUAUGACUUCGUGCUCAAAAUUCCCAUCUUUUAUCCGUUAAACUGACGUAAUUCUCUGCUCAAAUUGUACCCUUUCGCUCGAUUCUGUGUCUCUGUCGAGCUUCAUCCAAUCCUGAUUGCAAACUAAACUUAUUGGAGCAAUGCGUCGGCGGGAGGAGAUUUCUUCUGCGCAGUCUAACCUGGCAAGCACCGAUGAAAGAAGUGGCAGCAGCCCUGCUGUUGAUAGAAGUCAGGAAACUGGUGUUGUCGUUAGUAGCCCAAGGAGAUCACCAUUCGUAUGGCUGAUUCUGUUCUUGGUGAUCACAUACUGUUCCUGGGCUGUUUAUAAUUAUCAGUUUGAGAGCUUGCCCAUGCCCCUUACUGCUGAGCAAGCAGGCAAGAGAGGUUUCUCGGAGAUAGAGGCAAUGAAGCAUGUGAAGGCUCUGACUGACUUUGGGCCGCAUCCUGUUGGCUCUGACGCUCUCGAUCUUGCUGUUCAGUAUGUUUUGGCAGCAGCAGAGAAAAUAAAUAAAACAGCCCACUGGGAGGUUGAGGUUGAAGUGGACUUUUUUCAUGCAAAUUCAGGCGCAAAUCGUCUGGUCAGUGGCUUGUUCCAGGGGAGAACACUAGUUUAUUCGGACUUAAAUCAUGUCAUAUUGAGAAUUUCGCCGAAAUAUGUAGAUGAAGCUGGAGAUAGCACAAUUCUGGUUUCUUCUCAUAUCGACACAGUUUUCUCAACGGAAGGGGCUGGAGACUGCAGCUCCUGUGUUGCUGUUAUGCUUGAACUUGCUCGGGCGGUUUCUCAAUGGGCUCAUGGAUUUAAAAAUGCUGUUAUAUUUUUGUUCAACACUGGUGAGGAAGAAGGUCUCAAUGGAGCUCACAGCUUCAUCACUCAGCAUCCUUGGAGCAAAACUGUUCGCAUGGCGAUUGAUUUGGAGGCAAUGGGCAUUGGAGGCAAGUCAGGGAUAUUUCAGACUGGCUCAAAUCCAUGGGCCAUUGAGAACUAUGCUUUGGUCGCUAAAUAUCCAUCUGGCCAUGUGAUUGCUCAAGAUCUUUUUGCUUCUGGAGCUAUUAAAUCCGCAACGGAUUUCCAAGUGUAUAAAGAGGUUGCAAACCUCUCAGGGCUUGACUUUGCUUACACAGAUAAUGGUGCAGUUUAUCACACUAAGAAUGACAAAUUAGAGCUAUUGAAAGCGGGAUCUCUUCAACAUCUUGGGGAAAACAUGCUCGCCUUUUUGCUCCAGACUGGUCCAUCCCGAGAUCUUUCUCAAGCCCAUAUGAUGAAAAACGAACAGAACUCGAAGGGCAAUUCAGCCAUAUAUUUCGACAUUUUGGGCAUGUAUAUGGUCUUGUACACAAAAAACUUCGCGAAUACGCUUCAUAAUUCGGUGAUAAUGCAGUCCCUUAUGAUAUGGGCAACAUCAUUGUUCAUGGGUGGAUACCCAGCAGCCGUUUCUUUGGGUCUGUCCUGUCUGAGCAUUAUUCUUAUGUGGAUAUUCUCGACAUGUUUCUCGGCUCUCGCGGCUUUCAUUCUACCUCUGAUAUCUUCUUCACCAGUCCCAUAUGUUGCAAGUCCGUGGCUAGUGGUUGGACUAUUUGGUGCACCAGCACUUCUAGGAGCCCUGACAGGCCAACACUUGGGCUUUCUGAUCCUUAAGAGUUACUUGUCAAAGGUCCACUCUGAAAGGAAGCAGUUAUCAACCUCUACUCGAGGUAAUUUGGCCAAGCUCGAAGCAGAGAGAUGGCUUUACAAAGGAGGCUUGAUCCAAUGGCUCAUCCUACUUGUGAUUGGAAACUACUUUGGACUUGGGUCUUCAUACUUGGCCCUCGCCUGGCUUGUUCCUCCAGCAUUUGCAUAUGGCCUUCUUGAAGCAACUUUAACCCCAGUGCGAUUCCCAAGGCCUCUUAAACUUGCAACUCUGCUCUUUGGCCUAUCUGUGCCGGUCUUGAUUUCUGCAGGCACAUUUAUUCGGUUAGCUGCAACAGUUGUGGCAAUGCUAGUUCGAUUUGACAGGAACCCUGGGAACAUUCCGGAUUGGUUGGGAAAUGUAAUUAUCUCCACGUUCAUAGCUCUAGUCAUAUCCCUGACAAUGGUGUAUCUCCUCUCGUAUGUUCACCUUUCAGGUGCAAAGAGAUACUUUGUCUUUGCAACUCUUCUCAUGUUUGGCCUCUCAGCGGCUGCAGUCUUCUCGGGCUUGGUUCCACCAUUCUCAGACGACACUGCAAGAGCUGUUAAUGUUGUCCAUGUCGUAGACGCGACAGGUAACAAGCAAGGGCAGGGUCCCACCUCUUAUGUGUCCUUUUUCUCUACGACUCCAGGUAAGUUGACCAAGGAGGUUGACCAGAUCGGAGAAGGCUUUGUUUGCGGAAGAGAUAAAGUCGUUGAUUUCAUCUCAUUCUCGGUCAAAUACGGGUGCUGGACCCAUGACGAAACCGAAGCUGGGUGGAGCGAAUCUGAUUUACCACUGCUUCUCAUUGGUGAUGAUACCGAUAGUGGGCUCAAAAGAAUCACUAGAGUCUCGAUCGACACAAAGAGUUCAGUAAGGUGGGUGCUCGCAAUAAAUACUGAAGAAGUAGAGGACUUCAAGUUGGAAGGAGAUUCCGAAGAGCUAAUCCCAUUGGAUGCAAAGAGCAGCAUUGACGGGUGGCAUAUAAUCCAGUUUGCAGGUGGAAAGAAUUCACCAGAAAAGUUCGACCUGACCCUGUUAUGGGGGAAGCAUUCUGCUGAUGAAGCUCGGAAGGCAGAAAAAGAGAAGACUCGGCAGCCCCUUCUGAAGCUUAGGACGGACUUGGACCGGACAACUCCCAAGGUAGAGAAAGUCCUGACAAAGCUGCCCUCCUGGUGUUCUCUGUUCGGGAAAUCCUCGUCGCCCUACACGCUCUCGUUCCUAAGAGAUCUCCCAGUUGACUUCUAGAUCGAAAGAGAUGUCGUUUCUUAGUUUUUUUUUAUGGGUUUUCUUCUUGAGAUAGAUUCUUCCUUACAGAACCAUCCUGUGUGAACUCAUUGCCCUGGAAUACCUAAUCAUAGGAGAAACCAUUACGAAUCAAUAACGGUUGAGUUACUCGUCA